GGGUGUGAUAGGUGUACAGCUGGUUGUUACAAUGGUAAUGGCCAGUGUAUUGCAGAAGAUCAUACCGCAUUAUUCUUUGGCUCGUUGGCUUCUCUGCAAUGGCAGCUUAUAUUGGUAUCAGCAUCCCACAGAAGAAGAGUUACGAACACUUGCUGGAAAGCAACAGCUUAAAGGAAAGGGUAAAAAAGACAGAAAAUAUAAUGGUCAUAUUGAAAAUAAACCACUUACCAUUCCCAAAGACAUUGACCUUCAUUUGGAAACUAGGACUGUUACCGAAGUUGACACUUUAGCACUCCAUUAUUUUCCUGAGUAUCAAUGGUUAGUAGACUUCACUGUUGCUGCUACUGUGGUUUACUUGAUAACUGAAGCCUAUUACACCUUUGUAAUACCAUCACAAGAGAUGAAUAUCAGCAUAGUUUGGUGUAUGCUCGUUCUGGCAUUUGCAAUCAAAGUGUUGUUCUCCCUGACAACCCAUUACUUUAAAGUGGAAGAUGGUGGCGAGAGAUCUGUCUGUGUUACAUUUGGAUUCUUUUUCUUUGUCAAGGCCAUGGCAAUUCUAAUUGUGACAGAGAACUACUUGGAAUUCGGCCUAGAGACUGGCUUUUCAAAUUUUUCUGAAAGUGCUGUUCAGUUCCUGCAGAAACAGGGAUUGGAGUCUCAAGGUCCAGUGUCAAAACUUACAUUUAAGUUAUUUCUGGCAGUUUUGUGUUCUCUCAUUGGAGCUUUCCUGACAUUCCCUGGUUUGCGACUGGCUCAGAUGCACCUUGAUGCCCUAAACUAUACAAAAGAAACCAUGACACAAUUUUUGCUACAUAUAAACUUCUUGUCCCCUCUUCUAAUGGUUUUGCUGUGGGUGAAACCUAUAACCAAAGAUUACAUUCUGAAUCCGCCCUUGGGCAAGGAAAGUGUACCACUAAUGACUGAGGACACCUUUGAUACGGUUCGACUUUGGAUCAUCAUUCUUCUCUGCGGAUUAAGGUUGAUAAUGAUGAGACAUCAUCUACAAGCUUACUUAAAUUUGGCCCAGAAAUGUGUGGAUCAAAUGAAGAAGGAAGCUGGGAGAAUAAGCACCAAAGAAUUACAAAAGAUGGUGGCUCGAGUAUUUUAUUACCUUUGUGUUAUUGCACUGCAGUACGUGGCACCUCUGGUGAUGCUCCUUCACACAACUCUGCUUCUGAAAACUCUAGGUAAUCAUUCAUGGGGCAUCUAUGACUCUCCUAUGGAGGCAUCACAAGGGUCGAACUCAGGUUUUACUGAACAGCCAUACCCUGAAGAAAAGAUGAAGGCAACAGUCACCCAAAUUACAGUGGCAUUAGGGGGUUUAAAGAACAUUUUCACUCCACUCCUCUUCCGGGGACUUUUAUCAUUUUUGACAUGGUGGAUCGCAGCUUGCCUUUUCUCCACCAGCCUUUUUGGCUUGUUUUAUCAUCAGUAUUUAAUAGUGGCAUAA